AUGACCAACGACAAGACGACGUACCCCCAGAGAAAGAACCAGUCCCUGGUUGCAGCAUUCGCCUCUUGUGUUGAUGUAUAUCGACCAAAGUAUGGUAUACUGGAGAAUGUCGUGGGCAUCAUCCAGAAGCAUCGUAAUAGAGAUCAAGACGUUUUCAGCCAGCUCAUGUGUGCACUGGUAGGCAUGGGCUACCAGGCGCGCCUAUUCUUCUUGGAUGCCAUUUCUUGCGGCUCCGCUCAAGUCCGCUCGCGUGUCUUCAUCGUCUUUGCGGCGCCCGGGUGGGCUUUACCAGAAACACCCUUGCAAACACAUUCGCAUCCACCGAGUGUCAAGAACUUGGGGCUUGGGCUCCUGCCGACUGGCGAGCCCAUGGCCAGGAGAGUGAUGGCUCAGAGCACGCCAUUCUCAUACAAGAACGCUGCGCAGGCCGUUGCUGGAUUGCCCAAGAUCUACGACGCCAAACCAGAUAUCUGUGUUCCAUUCCCAGACCACCGAGUUGUCUCCCAUACAAAUACAAAGACUAUAAGGAACAGGGUACGACUGAUUCCCAAGUCUCCGUAUGGGAUGAACUUCUCGCAGGCCUGGUACGGGUACUACGGGACCAAGCCUCGUGCGGCAGGGCGAGGCAUAUUAACCGAACCAGAGCGCGACAUGUUUCCGCUCAGGCGUAAGGCGAUGUCAACCUCGAUACUGACAAAUUCAUACGGAAGACAGGCGCCCAACCGGCCAAUGUCGACGAUUGUGACAAAGUCUAGCCCUAGGGACGCUAAACAAGGUCGAACGAUUCAUUGGAGCGAGGACCGGUGCCUAUCAGUGAUGGAAGCAAAGCGCGGGCAGGGCUUUCUGGAUGAAGAGAUACUGCUUGGACCCGCCGCAACGCAGUACAAGAUCAUUGGCAACAGCGUUGCUAGGGAAGUGUCACUGGCUUUGGGCGCUGUCAUUACGGAUGCAGUGAUGCGCAGCUAUGGCCGGAGCUUUCAGGAUCUCGCGAUGGACAAGGAUGACGAGAAGAUGGUGGAGAGUUCGCCGUUCUGGGAGGCGCCUUGUCGAGGCUCAAAGCUGGAGACGCCGGAAACAAGCGUGCCGGUGAGCCCGGAACGAAAAGAAAACGGCAGCAGUAAGAAGCGACGACGGCUGGAAUAA